AAUCAAAAUCCCCAAAUCGAGCGAGUCCUACAAAAAAUCCCCAAUUCGACGAACUCUGAGCCCAGAAAGAUCCCCCGAUUUGGGAAAAACAGUCUUCAUUCGUUUUCAUAUUUCCAUUUUCUUGCUGGGAUUGGUCUACCUGCUUGAUCUUAAUAUCUAACCUUGCUUUGAUUGAGUUCACACGUGCCGCAUCGGCUGUUCACCGACUUUGUUUCGUUUCGCACAGUCGAUCAUCGUAAAUCACUAGCAACCGCUUGGUGUCCGCGAAUUUCUCUCCGGGUACUGCUCUUUGCUGCGCAAGAUUGCUCCUUUGUGUAUCAAUUCAAAAGCAGGACAUACCAAAAGGAGCUAAUCAGGAGAUGAAUUUUGGUUACUGUAACUUCUGGAGGAGAGGAGAGUUAUGCAGUGCUUGUUACUGUUAGUUACGAGAAGAACUAGAACAAGGCGAAGAAGACUGAAGAGGUAACAUGAAUGUUCAGGCUCACAUGUCGGGACAGAUGUCUGGGCAGGUUCCGAACCAAGGGACCAUGUCCCAGCAGAAUGGAAACUCCCAAAUGCAGAAUUUAGUUAAUGGUGGUGCUGCUCCUGCUGGUGCUGGUUUAGGUCCUUCACGUGUCUCUCCCAUUGACAAUGAGCUCUUGAAACUUCGGCAGGGCAUGCGAAUCAAGAUUUUCAACAUCUUACAGCAAAAACAACCUUCUCCAGCUGAUGAUGCAUCAAAGGCAAAGUAUAUGGAUGUUGCUAGACGCUUAGAGGAAGGGCUGUUUAAAAUUGCUAACAAUAAGGAAGAUUACUUGAAUCAGUCUACCCUUGAACCUCGGCUGGCAAGUCUAAUCAAAGGCAGACAGAUGAAUAACUACAAUCAACGACAUGCUAAUUCUUCUUCGGUUGGAACAAUGAUACCCACUCCAGGAUUACAACAUAGUGGGGGGAAUCCAAAUCUGAUGAUUACAUCCUCUGGUGACGCUACAAUGGCUGGAAGUAAUAACAUCACAACUACUACUAUGAACACUGGAAACCUGCUAAAUUCUGGUGGCAUGCUCGGAGGAAACCUGUCUAAUGGAUACCAACAUUCAUCGAAUAACUUUGGUCUUGGUUCUGGAGGGAACAUGGCAUCCAUGAGCUCACAAAGAAAUACUGGCCAGAUGAUGCCUACCCCUGGAUUUGUCAACAGCAGUACUAAUAAUAACAACAACAACAAUGGGCAGUCUUAUUUGAGUGUUGAAGCUUCCAACAAUAGUGGUGGAUUUUCUGCUGUGCCCAUGAUGGUAUCUCAGCCUCAGCAGCAGCAACAACAACUGAGGCAGGACAUUGGUGGCCAAAACAGUCGUAUGUUGCAUAGCCAUGGAAGUCAAAUUGGUGUUAGCCUUAGACCUGGCAUGCAACAAAAAAUGUCUAACAGCUCUAUAAAUGGUGGUGUUGGGAUGAAUGCAAAAAGUGUAGAUUUAGGUACCAGAAAUUCGCAGCAGGCUUAUGAUAACCUACAGCGUACAGGAAUGCAGGGUGAAGGAUAUGGCACAAACAAUUCUGACCCUUUCGGAUCUGGAAAUCUGUACGGUGCUGUAACAUCUGUUGGGAUGAUGACAAAUACUCAGAAUACCAGUACAACUAGUUUUCAGUCUGUGUCUAGGACUAGCUCUUCUCAGUCACAUCAGCAGCAGCAGUGUCAGCAACAGCCUAAUCGGUUUCAGCAACAACCCAAUCAAUUUCACCACCAGCAGCAGCAGUUUCUUCAACAACGACAGUUGAAGCAGCAGAGCCAGCAACAACAGAGAUUUAUAGGUCAUGAUGCUUUUGGGCAAAAUCAUGUGGCGUCUGACAUGGUUACACAUGUUAAACAUGAACCUGGAAUGGAGAAUCCUAGCGAGUCUAUCCACUCCCAGACUCCUGAGCAAUUUCAGCUUUCUCAGUUUCAGAAUCAAUACCAGAACAAUGCAGAUGACCGUCAUGCAGGUUCUCAGAUUCUCCCUGCCACAAAUCAGAAUGAUAUGUGUACAUCAGUUCCUCAAAAUAGCCAACAGAUACAGCAGAUGUUGCAACCACAGAAUAUGGCUUCAGACUCUAUUAACAGUUUUAGCAACCUCUCUGUUGGAGUGAAAUCAGAAUCUGGUCUCCGUGGUCAAUGGCAAUCUCAGUCACAAGAACAUACUCAAAUUUCUAAUAGUAUGCCGAACGAACGGCACAUUCAGGAGGAUUUUCGUCAAAGAAUGUCAGGAACGGAUGACGCUCAGCCUAAUAAUAUGUCUGGAGGGUCUAUUAUAGGUAUCUCAUCUACAUCAGAAUCCCUUAAUCCUCAAAAUCCUACAGGUACCACUUGUAGAUAUGGAAACGGAAACCCAGAUCCAAGAUUCAAAAAUCAACAGAAAUGGCUCCUGUUUCUACGUCAUGCUCGCAACUGCAAAGCGCCUGAAGGGAAGUGUCCCGAUCGAAAUUGCGUAACAGUUCAGAAGCUAUGGAAGCACAUGGAUAGUUGUGAUGCUCCUCAAUGUUCAUAUCCUCGUUGCCGCCACACAAAGACAUUGAUUAAUCACAAUCGAAAUUGUAAAGAAUCUAACUGCCCUGUCUGUAUUCCUGUGAAGGCCUUCUUACAGCAACAGGCAAAUGCACGGUCCCUAGCUCGUUUAAAAACUGAAAGCGGUGCAGCGAGGUCAGUGAAUGGAGCUGGAAUAUCAAAUGAUGCAGUACAGACCUCUGCUGGAGCAAUGUCUUGUGCUUCGCCUGGUGCUGAUAUAUCAAAUCAUUUGCAACCUUCAUUAAAACGGUUGAAGGUAGAGCAGUCUUCUCAACCUGCAGAUGUUGAGACGGAAAGUUGUAAAAGCUCAGUUGUUUCGGUAACAGAAGCACAAUCAUCUCAGUACGCUGAAAGAAAAGAUCAUAGGCACAAUGAUGUACGUGCACCUUCAAAAUAUUUUGAAGUGAAAGCUGAGGUUUCUGAAGUUUCUGUCCAGGCACGAUCCGGUUUCAAAGAGACAAAAAUUGGAAUUUCUGAAAGUAUCCCCAAGCAAAGGCCUAUCAGUGAACCUGUUAAACAAGAUUUGUCUGAUGCCUCACCUCGCCAAGCGAAUAACAAAAUGGAGAAAGAACCUGAGACACUUAAGAAAGAAAAUGUUGCAGUGUCUGGUGAACCUACACAAAAACCUGGAAAGCCAGAGAUAAAGGGUGUUUCAUUAACUGAAUUGUUCACUCCUGAGCAAGUGAGAGAACAUAUCCGUGGUCUCCGUCAGUGGGUUGGCCAGAGUAAAGCCAAAGCAGAAAAGAAUCAGGCUAUGGAGCAUUCAAUGAGUGAGAAUUCCUGCCAACUAUGUGCAGUGGAGAAGCUUACCUUUGAGCCACCACCUAUUUAUUGUACCCCGUGUGGUGCCCGCAUCAAGAGAAAUGCUAUGUAUUACACUGUAGGAGCUGGUGACACUCGUCAUUACUUUUGUAUUCCAUGUUAUAAUGAAUCCCGUGGGGAUACUAUACUCGCCGAAGGGACGCCGAUACCUAAGGCGAGACUCGAGAAAAAGAAAAAUGAUGAAGAAACUGAAGAAUGGUGGGUCCAAUGUGAUAAAUGUGAGGCCUGGCAGCAUCAGAUUUGUGCUUUAUUUAAUGGGCGAAGGAAUGACGGAGGGCAAGCUGAGUAUACCUGCCCGUAUUGCUUUAUAGCGGAAGUGGAGCAAAGUAAGAGGAAGCCUUUACCUCAGAGUGCUGUUCUUGGAGCUAAAGACCUACCGAGAACAAUUCUCAGUGACCAUAUAGAGCAGCGGUUGUUUAAGAGGCUGAAGCAGGAAAGAACAGAGAGAGCCAGGGCGCAAGGAAAAAGUUUUGAUGAGAUUCCUACUGCCGAGUCUCUUGUGAUUAGAGUUGUUUCAUCUGUUGACAAGAAGCUGGAAGUCAAAUCCCGAUUUCUUGAAAUUUUUCGAGAGGACAAUUACCCAACAGAAUUUGCUUACAAGUCCAAGGUAGUGCUGUUGUUCCAAAAGAUUGAAGGUGUAGAAGUAUGCUUAUUUGGGAUGUACGUCCAAGAAUUUGGUUCCGAAUGCGCAUUUCCUAAUCAACGCCGAGUUUAUCUCUCGUAUUUGGAUUCUGUAAAGUACUUUAGACCCGAGGUGAGGUCUUAUAAUGGGGAAGCUCUGCGCACUUUCGUUUACCACGAAAUUCUGAUCGGUUACCUAGAAUACUGCAAGUUGCGUGGUUUCACGAGCUGCUACAUAUGGGCUUGUCCGCCGCUGAAGGGGGAGGACUAUAUCUUAUAUUGUCAUCCAGAAAUACAGAAGACGCCAAAAUCUGAUAAACUACGAGAGUGGUACUUAGCAAUGUUGAAAAAAGCUUCAAAGGAGGGCAUUGUUGCAGAAACUAUAAAUCUAUAUGACCAUUUUUUUAUGCAAACUGGUGAAUGUAAAGCUAAAGUUACGGCAGCUAGGCUCCCAUAUUUCGAUGGUGACUACUGGCCAGGUGCAGCAGAGGAUCUUAUAUACCAAAUGAGUCAAGAAGAAGAUGGCAGAAAGGGCAAUAAGAAAGGAAUGCUCAAGAAAACAAUUACAAAAAGGGCUCUAAAAGCUUCUGGGCAGACUGAUCUAUCUGGGAAUGCAUCCAAGGAUCUGCUGCUAAUGCAUAAACUUGGUGAGACCAUUCACCCAAUGAAGGAGGACUUUAUCAUGGUCCACUUGCAACCUUCUUGCACACAUUGCUGUAUACUGAUGGUAUCUGGAAACCGUUGGGUCUGCAGUCAGUGCAAACACUUUCAGAUUUGUGAUAAGUGUUAUGAGGCUGAGCAGAGACGUGAAGACAGGGAAAGGCAUCCUGUUAAUUUUAAGGAUAAACAUGCGUUGUAUCCCGUUGAGAUUACUGAUAUUCCGACAGAUACGAGGGACAAAGAUGAGAUACUCGAAAGCGAGUUUUUCGACACAAGGCAAGCGUUCCUGAGUCUUUGUCAAGGGAACCAUUAUCAGUAUGACACGUUGAGGCGGGCAAAACAUUCGUCGAUGAUGGUCCUGUAUCAUCUACAUAACCCAACCGCUCCUGCCUUUGUCACAACCUGCAAUGCGUGUCAUCUUGACAUUGAAACUGGUCAAGGCUGGCGCUGUGAAGUAUGUCCAGACUACGAUGUGUGCAAUGCCUGUUACAGUAGAGAUGGUGGAGUCAAUCAUCCUCACAAGUUGACUAAUCAUCCAUCUUUAGCUGAUCAAAAUGCUCAAAACAAAGAAGCAAGGCAAUUGCGAGUCUUGCAGCUUAGGAAAAUGCUCGAUCUCCUGGUACAUGCAUCACAAUGUCGUUCCCCACAAUGUCAAUAUCCCAAUUGCCGGAAAGUGAAGGGACUAUUCCGACACGGGAUACAAUGCAAAGUACGUGCUUCGGGAGGUUGUGUUCUAUGCAAGAAAAUGUGGUAUCUUCUGCAACUCCACGCUCGGGCCUGCAAGGAAUCCGAGUGCCAUGUACCUCGUUGCAGAGACCUGAAGGAGCAUCUGAGAAGAUUACAGCAGCAAUCAGAUUCACGGCGCAGAGCAGCUGUGAUGGAAAUGAUGAGACAAAGAGCUGCGGAAGUCGCUGGGAGCUCAGGUUGAUCAUAAUUUGUACAUUUGGAAAGAUCAAAUCGAAGUUCCUUUUCUCGAAGGUAACAAAGAUAGAGAGCCAAUUCCACUUUACUCCACCUUGAUCAUUCUUCUUUUGAAGAAGAAGAAGAAAGAAGAGCAGGCAGUUAGAGAGAGACUAAUGGUGAAAUUAGCUUAGAUUCGUAUUUAACAUGCGAGGUCAAAACCCAGAGUGUGACUUUGACUUUCAGAAAAAGAAGAUUAAAGAGGAAGAGCAAAGUCAGUCUUGUGCAAAGAGAUGACAGAGUCUUGAAUUUCAAGGUCAGUAGUGGUUUGGCUGGGUGAUCUUUUGAUUCUAUACAUAGUACACACGCACACACAGACUUUCAUUACUUGUUUUAUUUUUCUUUUUUUUGGGUAAUUUAUUGUAUUUUUGUAAAUUGCCAUUUCUGAUUUGGAAAUGGCAAGAGUGUAACAUAUACAGUACGUUAACGUGUUCCUUGCAAUCAUAGUAAGAGUCUUUUAGAGACUCUCUUCCACU